UCAAGAAUCAAUUAAUAAUACAUAAAUUCUUACAUGGUAUCAGAGCAAGGUUAACAACCUAGUCAUUCUGCUUCACCGGCGGGUGGCACCCUCGCCUUGGCCGCCCGCCGGACCUCUACACAUACGCUAGCUUCUUCUAUCUCAGUCACUGUCCUAGCCCCCUCCCUCGGGCAUGCUCUCUAACACUCUCACACCCAAUACACUUCCAUCCAUAGCUGCAAACGCUUAUAUCCAAAUAAUAUCAGUUUGAUCUCUUUGCUUAUCUCUGUUUACAACCCGUCUCUGUGCCCAUCCUCACAUUCAUUCUAUUCAUUCAUCCUUCAGUCAUGGGUAAUGCAGCAACAUCCUGUGCUCCUUCAAUAAUCUGCAGCAAUGGCGUAGAAGUAGUAAAGGUGUUGUUCUCUGAUGGAAGACUUGAAAUCUACACAAGACCUAUAAAAGCAGCCGAGCUCAUGGUAGAGAAUCCGGGCCACUUCAUCUGCGACUCAACCCAUCUCAAGGUCGGCCACCGCAUUCCAGGACUCUCCGCCGACGAGGAGCUUGAGCGCCGCCGCCGCCAACUCUACUUUCUUCUUCCCAUGGAAAUGCUCUACUCAGUCCUCACAAAUGAAGAAUUCACUUCUCUCAGAAACAGAGCUUCUAAGGCAUUGACGAAACAUGGAAGCUUCAACUUUUCAAAGAUCUUCCCAGUUCUUGGUGUUUGGAAGGAUGAAAAAAUAACUUCUUCAGGAAGGAAAAGUGAUGCUAGACACAUGGGGAAGACGGGAAGUUGGUUUUCUGCCAUCAAGAGGGUUUUCAUACCCCGUUCUAAGGAGACGGUGCCGAGAGCUCUCCGAAUGGAUCUGAGCUCGGAGGAGACGAUCUUUCCGUCGCCAUUGGCGUCGAACUUGUUGAAUACUUUCUCGACUUCGUCUAAGUUGCCUAGAGUUGUGACUGACUGUUUGCCUAGAGUUGUUACUCGGACUAUUGGCCAUUUUGGUGGAGACAGAGAGCAUCUGGGCUAAAACACACAUAGCACACACACCCAACACACACGCACGGUUUUCCAAAAAAAUAAAAAAAAAAAUACAAAAAUAAAAACAGGCUCUCUCUCUCGGGUUGCAUUUUGAGGGGGGCAGCUGGGCACCCAUACACGAGGCGCACACACAUUUCAUCAUUACAUUUCACACUUUACACACCACCCUUCUCCACUCAUUUAUUUUAUUCUUAUUUUAUACACAUCCAUACCUACACUUGUUCCCCACUCAUAUUUUUUUAUAUUUAUUUUUAUUCCAUCUUUUGACCCGGACACGAACCACACACUGUUUUGCACAUCCAUCAUCUUCUUUUUCUCUGUUUCCUUUCUCUAUUUUAUUGUAUUAUUAUUUUUUAUUCAAAAAAAAAAAAAAAAAAAAAA